CUUGCGCUGCGCGCCGCGCCGGGGCGUUGCUGGGAAACAUCUGGCGACGCCUGCGACCCGCCAACAUGGCGGCGGCGCUGGCGUGGCUCGCGGCGGCCUGUCUCCUCUUCGCAGCCCAGGUGGCCUGUGAGUAUGGCAUGGUGCACGUGGUCUCUGAGACUGGCAGCCCCAAAGGCAAGGACUACUGCAUCCUCUACAACCCACAGUGGGCCCACCUGCCACAUGACCUCAGCAAAGCGUCUCUCCUGCAGCUGCGGGACUGGACGACCUCCAUGCUCUGCUCUCCAUCCGACCUGCCUGCCAAAGGCUUCACCAACCAGAUUCCGCUGGUGACUCGGGGGAACUGCACCUUCUACGACAAAGUGAGGCUGGCCCAGGGCAGCGGGGCCCACGGCCUGCUUAUUGUCAGCAAGGAGACCCUGGUUCCCCCGGGAGGCAACAAGACGCAAUAUGAGGAGAUUGGCAUUCCGGUGGCCCUGCUCAGCCACAAAGACAUGCUGGAUAUUUUCAAGAGUUUUGGCCGAGCGGUGAGGGCAGCGUUGUACGCCCCCCACGAGCCCAUGCUGGACUACAACAUGGUCAUCAUAUUCGUCAUGGCUGUUGGCACUGUCGCCCUCGGGGGCUACUGGGCUGGCAGCCGGGAUGUGAAAAAAAGGUACAUGAAACACAAGCGAGAUGACGGGCCUGAGAAGCAGGAGGACGAGGCUGUGGAUGUGACGCCCGUCAUGACCUGUGUCUUCGUGGUCAUGUGCUGCUCCAUGCUGGUGCUCCUGUACUACUUCUACGACCAUCUCGUCUACGUGAUCAUUGGGAUUUUCUGCCUGGCCUCCUCCACGGGCCUCUACAGCUGCCUGUCGCCAUUGGUCCAGAGGCUGCCAUUUGGCAAAUGCAGGGUCUGCAAUAACAGCCUGCCCUACUUCCACAAGUUCCCUCAGGUCCGCAUGCUGCUCCUGGCUCUGUUCUGUGUGGCUGUCAGUGUGGUGUGGGGAGUCUUCCGGAACGAGGACCAGUGGGCCUGGAUCCUUCAGGAUGCCCUGGGCAUUGCCUUCUGUCUCUACAUGCUAAAAACCAUCCGCCUCCCCACUUUCAAGGCCUGCACGCUGCUGCUGCUGGUGCUGUUCAUCUACGACGUCUUCUUCGUGUUCAUCACACCCUUCCUGACCAAGAGUGGGAACAGUAUCAUGGUAGAGGUGGCGACCGGGCCUGCGGACUCAGCCACACAUGAGAAGCUGCCCAUGGUCCUGAAGGUGCCCAGGCUGAACACCUCGCCACUGGCCCUGUGUGACCGGCCCUUCUCCCUUCUGGGUUUUGGGGACAUCCUGGUCCCAGGGUUGCUUGUGGCGUACUGCCACAGGUUUGACGUCCAGGUGCAGUCGUCCAGGGUCUACUUCGUGGCCUGUACCAUCGCCUAUGGCAUCGGCCUCCUGGUGACGUUCAUGGCCCUGGCCCUCAUGCAGCGCGGCCAGCCAGCCCUCCUCUACCUGGUGCCCUGCACGCUGAUCACCAGUGGAGCCCUGGCGCUGUGGCGCAGGGAGCUGGGCAUGUUCUGGACGGGCAGCGGCUUUGCGGUGAAUACCAGUUUGCUAUGACUGUCUGCGAGAAAUAAUAACCCAUAAGCCCUAACUAGAAUUAAAAAGGAUAUACCUCAGCCUCCUUGGGCGCCAGCCUCAGCUGAAGGCCCACAGCCUCUGAAGGACUCGGAAGUCGUGCUUUCCCAGCAGCCUCCUGGAGAAGCUCAGGCCAAGCCCACCCUGCCUGCAGAGCAGCCUCCAGAACUGGCUGAUCCCCAGAACAUGGCCAGUGUGUCUGUCCAGGAGCCUACAAGUCCUGCCAACUGCACUCUGGAGCCCACAGGCCUGCCAGGCGCCUCAGCCUAGAGGGGCCAGUGCAGCCUCAGCCUCUUGCUGUCCCCCGAAGACUGGACCUGCCAGCCCCACAACUUGGUGCUCUGGUCUGGCCGAUGCUCACGUUUCCUCUGCCUCUUCGAGCCCAGCCGCACCUGGCCCCUGGCCCUGCUCCCAGCUCAUGUGGCUGCCGCACACCCCUCGGACCUCCGAGGUCCCUGUCCAACAAGCCCAGCCCCAUAGUCUUUCUAGUCAGAGUCUCUUGGUGGAACCUCAGAAAGGGCAGGAAGUGUCACCUGCACCUGCCGAAGGCUGCAGAUCUGCCAUACCUGGUGCUCACACCGCGCUGCUGCUUCCCCUGAAGACGCCCUGCUUUGCCCUGCUUGGGGGGAACGGCCCACCCAAGGGCCACAUCUCUGCGGCCCAGCUGGUCCUAAUGCUGAGAGCCCAGGCCCAGGGGUGUGGACUCAGGCCCUCAGCCCAGCUGGCGUGGGGUCUGGACCCACCUCUGGGUUGGUGGGGAGCUGGGCUAAGAGCUGCCAGCAAGGCUGACAGUAAGUGCACGGGGGCUCUCGGGCUGAGCCCUGACCCUCGUCCCUCCAUCAGCCUGGGUGGUGCCUGGAGCCUGUGCUUCAUCCAGCCCCUCCAUGUCUUAAUAAACAGCCACUACUUUCUGAAAUUCCAGUGGUGUCGCCUCUCUUGGACUGCCCUUCCUGGAGGCAGGAUGGGCGCCAGGCCUGGUGGCCGGGCCCUUGGGGUCCACAGGACUGGCACCCCGGAGCCUGCAGUAACCAGUUCUGCCCUUUGUGUCGGCUGCACUGCCUCUCAGCAGAGGGCCGGGGCUUCCCUUUCCACAUCUCGGGCACCUGCACGUUCUCGACACCAUCCCGGCACACGCAACUCGCCAGCCUCUGCUGCAGCGUGAGCAAGGCGAGCACACUGCAAGGAGCUUCUGGAACGUGGGAGAAUAUUCUGGACCUGGCAUUUUUGUUUUCUACCUCUGAACUUGGCGACAGAUGCCAUGGGACGGUUGGCCCGGCAACGCCGUGCCCCGGUUCCCUCCCUCCACCACCGUGCUGCAUGCAUCACCGCCACUCCGAAGCCAGUGGGCUUCAGCUCAGCGGGACUGUCCGUGGCCCUGGGGCCCGCUCCUCCCUGUCCACACACACCACCUCCAGACUCACGCUCAGAUGUUUCCAUUGGCGUGACGGGAAAGCACGGACCCUCCAACUGCGUGGCCUCACUCCUCUCUGCUGUAGACCGUGGGCCUGGGGCCGGGCCAGGAUCCACUCCGCAAAACCAGCACCAGACAGACUCACGGGCCGUCUCUGUUAGCCACACUUCUCCUGGGAGAAGUUUUAUUCCAAAACAAAAGUCUUCCACUUGUUUCCGUGUGUUUCCCCUGGGAGGGAGAGCAGCUGGACCUGUGGCCCCACGGGAGCUCCUGGACGUGGGGGCGGGGACCUGUGUGUCGCCACUGGGCGGCCUGGGCAAAGGACCCACGUGGCCCCUGUCUGCCCCUCAGCCUGCGCCUUAAUCUAAGCCAUUUUGUAUAUCGGUGUCAAAGAUGGGGAUCUUUUCUGUUCCAGAAAUUAGACAAAUGUCACAGAAUUUGAAGGCAAUGUUCCUACAGUUUUCGUUUGCAGUUUUGGCCUUGCUUCUGUUCGAACCUUAUAAUUAAACAGCUUUUGUUAUGUA